UGUAACGCUGUCGUACUGGUCACGUCACAGUGUACAUCAUCGGACUGUGAACAUGAGUGGAAGUAAGCGUGUUGCCGUGGUGACCGGAUCCAACAAGGGUAUAGGAUACGCAGUAGUGCGGGGACUGUGUAAACAAUUUGACGGAGAUGUUUACGUUACAGCUAGAAAUGAGGAACUUGGUCUUAAAGCCGUGGAGGAUCUGAAGAAAGAGGGGUGUAAAGCAAAGUUCUAUCAACUGGACAUCACAAAGCCGGACACGAUUCGUAAACUUAAGACAUUCCUCCAGAACAGUUAUGGCGGACUGGACAUUCUGGUUAAUAAUGCAGGAAUUGCAUACAAGCAAUCAUCAACUGCACCAUUCGCUGAGCAGGCGGAAGUAACUAUCCGAACAAAUUUCACAGGAACACUUGAUGUUUGUGAGGAACUAUUCCCACUUCUCAGGCCACACGCAAGAGUCGUAAAUGUAUCGAGUAUGGCGUCUCAAUUCGCACUAAAGAAAUGCAGCGUAGAUCUACAGAAGAAACUGGUAGACCGAACACGUAUUACAAUGGAAGAUACAAAGACUCUCCUAAAGCAAUUUGUAGAUUCAGCAAAGGCGGGGACCCAUGGGGAUUUCGGCUGGCCAGAAAGUGCGUACGGCUGCUCUAAGAUCGGUGUGACCGUUAUGUCUAUUAUACAGCAGCGAGAAUUGCUGAAAGACGCCAGGGCAGACAUUGUUGUCAAUGCGUGCUGCCCCGGUUAUGUGGAUACCGAUAUGUCGUCACACAAAGGAACGAAAACCAUCGAUGAAGGUGCCGACACACUCCUGUACCUCGCCACGCUCCCUCCAAACACGAGCAGUCCAAAGGGGGAGUUCGUAUCUGACAGGACCAUCGGCAAAUGGGAGAUAACUCAAGCAUAAAAAAGAGCUCUUAUAUUAACGUUUGAAGGAAAUUAUAUCACAGUGUGCACAGUAUCAUAAUGGAUAAAAAAAAACAUUUUCUUUUUUUUUCUACGUCCUGGAUUUGAAAUGUCAUUUUUUAUAAUUUUAUACU